GUGUUCUUGUUGUGAAUUGCAGUUUGUUUAACCCAACUCCUUCACUUUCUGCAAUGAUUGUGAACAAGUACAAGCUUAGGGGUAACAUUAGAAGCUUCAAUUUGGGUGGUAUGGAUUGUAGUGUAGGAGUUAUUGCCCUUGAUCUUGCUAAGAACAUGCUUCAAGUUUAUAGGAACACUUAUGCUGUUGUUGUUAGCACUGAGAACAUUACUCAGAAUUGGUACUUUGGGAACAAGAAAUCUAUUCUGAUCCCAAAUUGUUUGUUCCGUGUUGGUGGUUCUGCUGUUUUGUUGUCCAACAAAUGCUCUGUUAAGAGAAGAGCAAAGUACAAGCUUGUUCAUGUUGUGAGGACUCAUAAGGGUGCUGAUGAUAAAUCUUUCAGGUGUGUGUAUCAAGAACAAGAUGAUGAUGGCAAAACUGGUGUUUCUCUCUCAAAGGAUCUUAUGGCUAUUGCUGGUGGGGCCUUGAAGACUAACAUCACAACUUUGGGGCCUCUUGUUCUUCCAAUAAGUGAACAACUUCUGUUCUUUGCUAAAGUGAAGCCUUAUAUACCUGAUUUCAAGCUUGCAUUUGAUCAUUUCUACAUUCAUGCUGAUGGGAGAGCUGUGAUUGAUGAGCUUGAGAAGAAUCUUCAGCUUCUGCCUAUGCAUGUUGAGGCUUCUAGAAUGACACUUCACGGAUUUGGAAACACUUCUUCAAGCUCUAUUUGGUAUGAGCUAGCAUACACUGAAGCCAAGGGAAGAAUGAGGAAGGGGAAUAGGGUGUGGCAGAUUGCAUUUGGAAGUGGAUUUAAGUGUAACAGGGCAGUGUGGUAGGCACUUAGGCAUGUCAAGGCUUCACCCAAGUCUCCUUGGGAAGAUUGCAUUCAUAAGUAUCCAGUGCAGGUUGUUACAUAGCUUUAAUUUCUGCUACUCUCUCUGGUACACAUAGCAUAAGCCAAU